AAACAUUUUUCUUUUCUAACCUAAAUGCCAGACGAAAUAAAAAAUAAAUAAAAAUUUUAUUUUUUAUUUAUAAAAUAAAAUUAUAAUAUAUAAUUUGUUAAUCGAAUGUAACAAAAACAAAAUAAUGAAUGCUCAGUUCCACACGCCUUCGUUUGGGGAUGAAGAAUUCGAUUUAACUGACGUAGACCCUGAGCCAACAAUACAAGUAUCAAACGCCAACAGAUUCAAUGCAAUCAACCAUCACCACCAGCAGCAGCACCAACAAGUCUCAACCAACAACCUUGAUGCACCGGAACCAGUGAAACCUGUCUCCGCGUAUGCUCUCUUCUUCCGUGACACAGUCAGCGCAAUCAAAGUUCAAAAUCCCAACACUUCAUUCGAAGAAAUAUCCAAAAUUGUAAGUUCCAUGUGGCAAGUGCUCGAUCCAACUCACAAAAACGUUUACAAUAAAAAAAGUGACUUGGCAAAGAAGGAAUACAUUCAAAAGAUGGCAGCCUUUAGGAGUUCCCAAAUGCGUCAGGUUGUUCAAGAGGAGUCAGUAGCGAAUAACUACGACCAAGAAAACAUUAUUCAGCAUCCAAAUAUUUCCCCAAAACAAAUUACCUCGAGACCGGUAGUUUUUACUAUUUCCCCGAGAGCAAAUGAUUCCCAUUCGUCAAUGAUUAAUGACCAACAGACACAAGAAGUUGGCCAAAACAAUGUUUAUUCAAACAAUGUUAAUUCACAACAACAACAAACAACUGGUAACCAACAGCCUCAGAAUGUACAACUUGUUAAUGAGGCUGGUUCAGUUCAGAUUUGUUUGAGAGAAAACUGCAAUAAACGGGCAAUUAUAAAUCCAGACUGGGAAGAUGAGUAUUGCAGUAAUGAAUGCGUUGUUAUUCAUUGUCGGAAUGUAUUCAAUCAGUGGGUCAAAUCAAAUUCGGAAGAGUAAAUGUACAGUUGAGUUUAAUGAAUGUUUCAUCAUAAAUGAAAUUUAAAUAAAAUAAAAACAAAAGCAACCAAAUAA